UACGCAAUGCAGCAGUAGUGUUUUUAUUUUACCAUUUUGAACUCUUCCUAUUUUUUUUGUUUUGUUUUUAUUUAUUUAAGUCUUAUUUCUUCCAUUAUGCUCAAUCUAUUGGUGUAUAUUCUCGAAGCGAAGAAAGAGAUGCUCGUUGGUUUUUCUGUAUCGCUAUUAUAUAUAACCUAUUAUCUUGUGGAAGUGGUCAAGCGGCCGGAGUUGGUGUGUGGUGCCGGUGAGUUCCGACGAGUGCUGGAAGAGCGCGUGCCGGUUCUGCAGGCGCGAUACUGGCCGACGCCGUGGUGCGUAGAGUCGCGCAUGCAGACCGUGCUAGGCUCAGUAUUACGUUCACUGUUUUUACCGCCCCUGGAGUACCAGAGGGAAGUGGUAACACUUUCGGAUGGUGGACAAGUGGCCUUGGACUGGGCUAAUACAGGCCAGGGGCAGGCUCGGGGAGUGCUGCUCGUGCUGCCUGGUCUUACGGGUUCAGUGCAUGCAGACUAUGUGCGAUGCCUUGCUGCAGCUGCUCGGGACCUGCGUCUUGAUACUGUUGUCUACAAUAAUCGUGGACUCGGUGGACUGCCAUUGACGACGCCGCGGCUGUACUGCGCGCUGAGCCACGAGGACCUCGCCGAGGUGGUGAGGUGGGUGCGCGAGAGGCGCGGCGCCGCCCAGCCGCUGCUCGCCGUGGGCGUGUCGCUGGGCGGCCUCAUCCUCGCGCACUACCUGGCCGCGCACGGAGCCGCCGCCGCCGUGGACGCCGCGCUGGCCGUGUCGGCGCCGCUGGACGUGGAGGCGGGCGCGGCCAGCAUGGAGCGCGGCGCCAACCGGCUGCUGUCGCGGCACAUGGCGCGCAACCUGCGGGCCGCCGUGCGCGCGCACGCGGCUCUGCGCGCCGACUGGGCGGCGGUGGGCGCGGCGCGGUCGGUGCGCGAGUUCGACGCGGCCUUCACGGCGCGACACUUCGGGUUCUCGUCGGCCGAGGAGUACUACCGCGCGGCCACGCUGCGCGACAAGCUGCGGCGGCUGCGGCGGGUGCGGGCGCCGCUGCUGUGCCUGUGCGCCGCCGACGACCCGUUCCAGCCGCGCGCGGCGCUGCCGGCGGAGGAGGCGGCUCGGAGCGGCCGCGUGGCGCUGGUCGUGCCUCACCGAGGAGGCCACAUCGGGUUCCUGGAGGGCUGGUGGCCGGCACAAGAGGCUCGCUCGCAGUACAUCUCGCGAGUGGCGCGCCAGUAUUUCUCUGCAUUAUUGGACCGUCCUGAUCUUCUUCUGUCUUCGUCAAAACAAACGGCCGUCUCCUAACGGCGGCACCGAGAGAAAGCGUUCUUUGAAAACUAUAGUCACAUAUACAAGCGGUUACCCGGUGUGCACUAUGUUGUCCCGGACGACACGGGGGUCACUCUCAGUCGUAUUUCAAGUUUUAUAUUCUUAAAAGAGCAGAUGGUUUCCUUUGUUAAUAAAAACCAUUAUUAAUGUAAGAAGAAAGACAUGGCACCCGGGAAAUCAUAGAACGCUAAUCAAAGAGCUUUUCUAAAGGAAUUGAUAGAAAACUGAUAAUUAUAAAUUAAGCAAUAUUUGUUUUCGGUUGUACAGGCAAGGAUGUUUACUUGCAAUGCAUUUACUAUGAUACUUGAGAAUCUAUCUCUAGCGGUGCGGACCGCGGGCUCCCAAUAAGCCCGAUGUAUUCGUGUUAAUGCCGCGUGCCGGGGCACAAUUUUUCCCAAGAAGCUACACUCUGUCCAUGAAAGAAUGACUAUAAUGAGAACGCUAUCCACGAAAUUGUCCGUUCGGCGCUCGUGACGUCACCACGCCCGCCGCACUAUACAGCACGCACACGCUCCCUGCCCGUGCUUUGCACGCCAUGUAACCGAAUUAAAAAUAUGCUGAUGCAACUACAAGUACAUAUCUGUAUUUGUCUAACAAAACGGAGCAUUGCAUUUUAUGUAAAUUUAGUUUUGUACAACAAUCCCUUCGAUAGGGACGUAACUUGUAUUAUUGUGUCCCCGCCGCGCGUGUUUAUUGUUAUUACUGAUUUGUAUUUUAGAGUGAGUCUACAGUGAGAUCGAUACAGUCGUUCCAGAACGUUCCGUCUGAUUGUUGUUUGUUGACGCGGUGCUGCGGUACAGACGAGUGAAACUCGUUGUUAGUGUUGUUAAGUUUGCCUUUAUUGUACACGCAGUACUUGUGAACAUUAUUGUCUAGUUCUACGGAAACUUACAUUUUAUUUAUUUAAUGUAGAAUUAUUAUUUAGCACAAUAUGUUAUGAAUCAAUGAAGGCUGUGCGCGUGCUACUUGUCUGCAGCCUCGCUUUAAUCCAGCCCUCACUUGUAAAUAAUUAAUUAUUAUAACGAAAGAAGUUGUAUACAUGUUGGGGUUUAUAUGGUGCUGAAGUAACUCGUUAACUUGUGUUCCGUGCACGGAACCAACCUAGCUCCACGACUGCACUAAAUAUAUUAUUAUAUUUUU